CUCUCCUCUCCUCCUCUCUCCUCCUCCUCCUCCUCCGCGGCUGCGUCAGAACUCAGAUUCUCGUCCUGAGAUCCGCAAGAAGACCCGGAGUACCAGUAACAGUCCGCAGGCUAGAGGCGCUCGCAUUGGUUGUCAGUGGGCAGCAUUCCUUGUUUCUCUGCAGACUUUAACUCCUCUUUCCACCAGAUUGUUUUAUCCACGAAUAAGAAGACCACUUCGCAUCGAGACAUGCAUCCAGCAACAGCCAAGUGGUACGAUAGGAGGGACUCCGUUUUUAUAGAGUUCUGUGUAGCAGACAGCAAAGAUGUUAAAGUCACUUUUGAUAAAACAAAGUUUGGUUUCAGUUGUCUUGGAGGAACUGACAGUGUCAAACAUGAGAAUGAAAUGGACCUUUUUGAAGCCAUCGACGAAAAUGAGUCCAAACAUAAACGCACAGAUCGCUCGGUGUUGGUCUAUUUACGAAAAGCACAGCCGGGGAAGCCAUGGCCGAGGCUAUCAAAAGAGAAGGCUAAGGUGAGUUGGCUCAGUGUCGACUUCAACAACUGGAAAGACUGGGAGGAUGACUCAGAUGAGGAGAUGGGGAACUUCGAUCAAUUCUCAAAUAUCAUGAACAACAUGGGAGGUGAGGAUGAACUCGCUGAUCUAGACGGUCCAGAAGAGGAUGAGUCUGCAGAUAGCGAUGACGAGAAAAUGCCAGAUUUGGAAUAGACAACUGUAAGACUCUGGAAAUAAAAUGGAAGAAAGGAGGGCAGGAGGAAUCAUAACAAAUGUAUAUCUUGAAACUGAAGGCAGUGACAAACAACUGUACAUAUGAGUCAGUAGCCAUAUUUAAAUCCAUAGCCUCAGCUCCAAACUCUUGACCGAUCAGUACACUGAAGGUUGAUAUGCAUGGUAUUGUACAGAGCAGCUAUCUCCACUUCCAUUUGCUGUACUGCACCUUUUGGGCAUCUUGUUUUACUGUUAAAUAUUACAAGUAAGCACACAUUAUUUGUUGGAAAAAAGCUGUGUAGUUGUCCUCAACUGAGCAAUAUGUGAUAACUGAUUUUCAAUUUGUUCCCGAUUAAUUGUGGUUUAAAAUGAUUAGGCCCCACCCAUUUCCAAUGUUGUGGUUUUAAGUCGACCAGUGUAGUUUCUCUUGAUUUAAAAAGACACUAGCAAUUUACAUGGUAAUAAUUAGGUGCAUUUUUUUUUGAUUGGGUUCCUCUAAAGCCUUCCAUUUGCUGUAAAUUAGAUAUCCAGGAAGCCAGUCUUUGUUUCCGUGGCUUAACCUUUCAGCUUACAUGUUUCCCUUUACUUCCUGUUUAAUGUUUGAAAAAUUGGAAUAUUCUGAAAUCAUUGCAGCAUCUUCCCAGUUUGUCACCUACUUUGGUAAUCCGAACAGAUUCCACAUAUUUAGAAUCUUAACAGUUCUUCUUUUCAUACCCACCUAACACACACACACACUCAUGGUAGACCGCAGAAGCAAGGUGAAAUGUUUUGCAACUGAUGACGAGGCUCGAAGCUUAAUUGGGCCUCAGCAUCAUAUGGUGUGUUGCUUUUCUCCAGGUUCUUUCCGUUUGUUCAUCUAGAAUGAUCCUCCCUUCUUGGCGAGGGCGUGUCGGACCGAUACGGCGACGUGUAAUGACCAAAUUAUAUUUGCACUGUCAUUAAAGUGUAAGGGGAGACAAAUAAUGUUGAAUUACAGUGGAAAUUCUUUUUUUAUUGUCUACAUCUUUCUAAUAAACUGUUUAAGAAUCA